AUGCCGUCUUGGUCUGACCGUCCUCUGCCGCCCAUCCCUCCGAUCUCGACCUCUGGCAGCGCUGCCAAUCCUCCACACCCUUCACCAGUCACUGGCCCGGAAAGUAGCUCGCGUCGCCAGCUCCGGCCUCGCGAUGCUCCCAAUAUACCAUCCGUAACUGGCAACAUGCCCAAGAAUUCAUAUCACCGAGGACACAACCGCUCGAUCAGCAACCCGUUCGCGGGUUUCGGGCGAAAGCGUGAUAAGACAGCUGUCAAGUAUGAGACUUGGGACUCGGAUGAUGAGGACGACGAUGUUACCUACCCCAUCGAGCCCGAGUCGUCAAGUCCUCGGAAAGCUGCAGCCCGCGGAGGGCAUGCCAGUGAUCUUGCCCAGGGCAAGUGCCAGACGUGCGAUGCUACUGUGCGGUGGCCCCAACACUUGAAAGUCUUCCGAUGCACCGAUUGCUUGAUGGUUACCGAUCUUGAGCCGGAUUUCCAUGAGUCAAAAGAUACGGGGCACAACGGCAUUCCUUCGCAGGGCUCUCAGGCCCAGCCGAAGCCGCCAAGCAAAGUUGCCCAUUUGUCGGCCCAUCAAACCCGUGGCAUGAUUGGAGGGUGUCUUAACACGUAUUUCGAAGGCCUUCUAGAUGAGAGCUCUCGGUCGUGGUUGUCGCUGGACGACGACAAGUACGAGAAGCCAAAGCAAGAUUCUUCUCAAGCCUCCAAUACUGGCUCGAACUAUCUAUCAGUGCCGGGCGCUGGCGAUUCUCGUAGCCGCAGUGCUUCUCAGUCUAGCAACCAUGAAAGAGUCGGCGCGUCAAAGGAGAACUUGAUGCAUCUACCCCAACAGACUGUUCGCUGGGAGGGAAAAGACACACCCGUCAGAGUUCGCGCAAAUUCCGACCUUCAAUCAUCCCCGAAGCCAGACCGUCAUCCUCAAGACGGUUCGCAGUCUGCUCAUCCUGAUAUUCAAAGUCGAGAGAGUCAAGUGGAAAUCUUCAAGCGGCUGGAGAAUACCAUCAUCGCUGCUUUCAAAGGCUGUGACUGUCUCAACGAAUCUUUCACGACUCAUCCACCUCUUCGAUCAGCCAGCAGUGGCAAUCCACCGAAAAUGAAGAUGGACCCAGCGCCAAUGCCUGUGCCAGCACAGGAUGCCCCUGUUUUCGAGCCAGAUGCCAAAACUCUCCUUUUGGGAGAUUUGACCGAGAACUCCACUUGGUGGAUGAACGAAUGGGCUGAGGCCGAAGGGCAGACCCCAGUCUCUGCCAAAGAGAAGGAUACGCCCAAGUCUCGGAUGGUGUCAUCACGAAGCCCUCGGAUCAAUUGGGCCGAAGUAUCUCAAUGGUAUCACUUAGUUUUGAGUGCGGGGAGUUCGUGGGCUGAGCAGUGGGCGGCUAAAAAGCCUGACCCCCAACGUUCAGAGGCAGACAUGCUACGAGCCAAGAGAUGGGCAUCCGUUGACCCGACCCUCAUUGGGAGACAAAUCAGCGAGUCUCGUUCGCACCUACAACGGACUCUGCUGAAGGCCACUGAGAACCUCCUCAAGCGGCCGCGCCGUGUCCUAAAGAAGCCAGAAGACACGAGGUUCUUGUUCAUUCUGCUGGCGAAUCCUAUCCUGUCGUCUCCUACAUCUUAUCCCCAGCACGCACCGACAUCAACAUCUCAUCGCGAGGAGAGGCGUCCAUCGCACCCAAAAGAAUAUCCAAAGUCAACAGCCCGAAAUGGCAAGCAGAAAGACUCAACCAAACCCCUUCCUCGUUUACCGAGCUCCAACCACUAUGGAAUCAUCAAGCGAGUAUUGGGCCUCAUGUCCAAUUUACCAAACGAUUGCCAUCACUACUUUGUAUCUUGGUCUGCGCGUUUCUCAAUAGGCCACUUUGAGCGCCUGGUGGAGCUCAUUGGUGGAUUCCUGACCUACCGUUUGAGCCGACAGCAUGGAAGGAAACCUCCCCAGAAGCCUCAAAAUGGGGAUGACCUGAUACCAAGCUUUGCUAGCGCCUCGGGUAACACUCCAGCUGAGCUUCAUGCUGCUAUAAAUCGAAGGGGCCCGAACAAGAAGCCUGCCAAGAAGACCGAAGAUCCAAUAGUCUACACCGAGGACUGGCAGAUCCGAGCUGCAGCAAGGAUCAUGUCGUUGCUUUUUACUGCGAACAUUUCUGGCUCUUCGAGGAAAUCCGAUGGAUCACCGCGCCACGUUGAAUUACCCAAAGCCCCAGGCCCUCGUCAAGGCCACGUGAUCCCUAUCAGUGCGUUCUAUAACACACUGCUGGACUAUUCAGAUCUGAUAGGAGACUUUGAGAUCUGGGAGUCUCGAAGCUCGAAGUUUUCGUUCUGCCAAUACCCAUUCUUCCUCAGUAUCUGGGCAAAGAUUCACAUCAUGGAGCAUGACGCACGCCGUCAAAUGGAAGUCAAAGCCCGCGAGGCUUUCUUCAAUAGCAUCCUCAAUCACAGGGCGGUCAGUCAGUAUCUCGUACUGAAGGUACGGCGCGAGUGCCUGGUUGAAGACAGCCUUAAAGGUGUCAGUGAAGUUGUUGGUUCCGGCCAAGAAGAAAUCAAAAAGGGUCUUCGGAUCGAGUUCUCAGGCGAAGAGGGAAUUGAUGCCGGUGGUUUGCGGAAAGAGUGGUUCCUAUUGUUGGUUCGAGAGGUCUUUGAUCCGCACCAUGGAUUGUUCAUCUAUGAUGACGACUCGCAAUAUUGCUACUUCAAUCCUUACUGCUUUGAGUCAUCUGAACAGUUCUUCUUGGUUGGAGUUCUACUUGGGCUCGCCAUCUACAACUCUACCAUUUUGGACGUUGAUCUCCCGCCAUUUGCUUUCAAGAAGCUACUGGCGUCGGCACCGCAGACCAGCGGGCCACAGCCUGCGAAUUCUAUGCGUUCGAGCUUCAAGUGCACACUGGAAGAUCUUGCUGAGUAUCGACCGGUUUUGGCCAAAGGACUUCGAGGCCUACUUGAAUUCGAAGGGGAUGUUGCAGAGACUUUCUGCUACGAUUUCGUCGCACAAGUUGACCGCUACGGAGAAAACAUCUCGGUUCCGCUCUGCGCAGGAGGCGAGAACCGACCGGUGACCAACUCCAACCGACGUGAGUUCGUGGAUCUGUACGUGCACUAUUUGCUAGAUACCGCCGUUGCUCGACAGUUUGAACCCUUUAAACGGGGUUUCUUCACGGUCUGCGGUGGCAAUGCACUAUCGCUGUUCCGACCAGAAGAGAUUGAGUUACUAGUCCGUGGUUCUGAUGAGCCACUCGAUGUGAACUCUCUUCGAGCAGUAGCCACAUAUGACAAUUGGUCAUAUGCACAGCCAGAGUCAGUUCCUGUGGUACAGUGGUUCUGGGAUUUCUUUGAAAGUGCGCCACCAAAACAGCAGCGCAAGAUCCUAUCUUUCGUCACCGGCAGCGAUCGAAUCCCCGCAAUGGGCGCUACGAGCCUCAGCAUCCGGCUUGCCUGUCUUGGAGAUGACUCCCCCCGCUACCCGAUUGCACGUACGUGUUUCAACACGCUGGGUCUGUACCGCUAUUCUUCACGAGAUAAAUUCCUACGUCUGCUCUCUGAUGCAGUUGUUAACAGCGAAGGAUUUGGCUUGAAAUGA